CUCACCGAAGCUCUAUCCGUGCUUUACACGUUUGCAAAAGAGUUUUUCAACGAGGAGACAAGAGACGUCUUCGCGGCCGCUGAAGAUUUCGGGGAACAACUGGAGGAUUUUGCCCCGUGGAGCUCGUCCGAAGUCCACAUUCUCGCGUUCUGGUUCUCCAACAUCAUCGGAGCAUAUCGCCUUGCGGUUGCCUCACGUGCACGCGCGAACCAAGCGUCCGGGACAAAUGGUCCAUCACCUACCCGGGACAGCACCCGAGCGGUUCACAAAGGAGGAAACGACGCUGUGGCUCGGCAAGGAGUUAAGCGUAGGGACCGUAAGGUACUUCAGGAAAUCUCGGCCCAAGUUCCAAAGAAAGACGGACGCCAGCUCUGCCUCCGGUAUGCUUCUGUACAAGGGUGUUCGUCCAAGAGCAAGGACCGGUGCCUGCAGAGCUUUUUAGCACACUUUGAGCCGGCCGAACUACCAGAAGCCGUAGCGGCGUACAUACGGGACACCUACGGCGGCGUUCGGACCUUCGCGAAGCAG